GAGCGGCAACGGUUAGAGACCAUAUUGUCUCUGUGUUCUGAGCUGGGCCAGGCUGAGAGGGAUGGCGGUGACACGGCUACAAGUCCCACUUCAGCUGUGGCAGAUCUCCAAAAGAUCAACCAGGAGCUUGAGAAGCUCCAAGUGAACGAUGAUGAUGACGACACGCCAUCUGUCUUUUCAGACUUUUCAGCUGUUUUUGAAACAACAGGGAAUGGACACAUGACCUCUCCUGGAUCGGAGAAUGGUUACUAUGAUGAUGAUCUACAGUCACGACAGAGGCGCAGAAGCGGUCACCGAGACAACAGGGCAGAAUCCCCCACCAUCAGUCUGCGAAGCUUCGCCCCCUCACCUUCUCCACGUACACAGAGGACCAAUGAGGCUUUAGAUGAUGCAGCUCGUCGCCGCAGACCGGAUGUGAGGCCUUCGGAGGAGGAAGUGAGGCAUGUGGAGGAGGAGAGGAUCCAGGUGCUAAACAACAUGGAGGAGCUGGAGAAAAAGAUCAAAGAGCUGGACAACCAAAUGGAGGAAUCUGCACGAGAGGUGGAGGUUGAACGGGCUCUGGUGGAGGCUGAGCAGGAGUCGGAGUUAGCUGCUCUCCAGCAUGAAAAAGAUGCUCUGGAAGCGCUUCACAACAAGAUGGCUGAGCUAGAGACAAAGUCCCAACAGGAAAAAGAAAAGGCGUGUGAGUUGCUGCAGGCAGAAAGGGGCAGAGUAGAGAGGUUGGCUCAGAUUGUGUGUGAGCAGCGCUCCCAGCUGGACAGCUGCCCUGAGGCCACCAAGGAGCCCCUGCAGGAGCAGCUAGCCAGGGACUGUGAGGUGCUCGAGGCAGAGACAAAGCGUUUCGAGGACCUGGAGUUUCAGCAGCUGGAGAGAGAGAGCAGGCAGGACGAGGAGAAGGAGACCCAUACACAGCAGCUCCUGCGAGAGAUUGCAGAUUACCAGCGCAGCACAGUCACGCGCAAGGAGCGACUGUUAACUCUGAAGAAGCAGACAGCACAGAUUACCCAGCAGGCUCAGCGCGAGAAGGAGAGCUUCUUGAGUGAGAGGAGCAACCUUGAAUCAAUGCUGCAAAGGGAGAGAGAAAACCUUGCCACACUGGAAGGAAAACACGCCGCCCUCACUGGUGGCCGGGGCUUCACACUAAGAGAGGGCUAUGUCACAGUCAGUGAAAUCAAUGAGCUUUACUCGCAGCUUAGAGGGGACCCUAAACCCGCCCCUGCCCCUGCUCUGGCCAAUGCCUCUCCUGAGUCCGAGGCAAACCCCUCCCCCGACGACGACACCCCCAAACCACCGGAUGACGAGCUCUAUUAUUCCUCCUCUCCUGCCGACUGUCACUCCUCUUCCUCCUCUUCUUCCUCUUCCCAUCUAAAUCCCCGCCCCCUCCCCAAAACACCCUCUGUGCAUUGGCCAGAGAACAUGGUGUCAUAUCGAGACCCCUCUCCCCUCCCUGACUCUCCCCCGCCUCCCCUUCCUGUCAAAAAACACCAUCACCGACACAGGCAGCAUUUCCGUUUUCUGGAGGAGAGGAGGAGGUCGGAGAAAGAAGGUGGAUCUCAUCUAAGUGACACAUUACCCAGGAAGAAAGCCACACCCACCACGACCCGCCACUUCAUGUGUGCAACACUGGGACGCAGUUUCCCUACAAAGUCCCAUCAGCCCCUGGUACAGAGCACAAGUUGUGGCAGCAUUCUACCAAGAAUUCUCUCGUUAUCCAGCAAGGAAACAGAAUCUCGACGCUUGCAAAAAGGUCAGGCUGGCUCUCGAGCAGCUUCUCAGACCAACGUCUACCUCGAUGCCUUUGGAUACCGUGACAACCAGGCCUUUGACACAAUGAGUGUGGAUAGUGCCGACUCCAUUGAAACCAGCAUCUCUGCUUGCUCUCCUGAUAACGUCUCCAGUGCCAGCACAUCAAAUGUGGCCAAACUUGAAGAGAUGGAGCGUCUGCUGCGAGAGGCUCAGGCAGAGAAGAGCCGCCUUCUCGAACACAAGGAGCGAGAGAUGGAAAUGCGAAAGCAGGCACUGGAGGAGGAGAGGAAAAGAAGGGAGGAACUGGAGAAAAGGCUACAGGAGGAGACGAGCAGGCGCCAAAAACUCAUUGACCGUGAGGUGAAACUGCGAGAGAAACAAAGGGCACAGUCCCGGCCAUUAACGCGGUAUCUGCCAGUGAGAAAGGACGACUUUGACUUGCGGGCUCACAUUGAGUCAGCGGGCCACAGCGUAGACACGUGCUUCCACUUGUCCAUCUCUGAAAAGACCUGUCGAGGCUACUUGGUCAAGAUGGGAGGCAAAAUCAAAACCUGGAAGAAACGCUGGUUUGUCUUUGACCGCAACCGACGCACACUCUCCUACUAUGCAGACAAGCAUGAAGUCAAGCUGAAAGGAGUCAUCUACUUUCAAGCUAUUGAAGAAGUGUAUUACGAUCACUUGAAGAAUGCACAUAAGAGUCCCAACCCCUCCCUGACCUUCAGUGUUAAGACUCAUGAUAGGGUCUACUACAUGGUUGCUCCCUCUCCAGAGGCCAUGAGGAUCUGGAUGGAUGUAAUCGUCACAGGCGCUGAGGGAUACACCCAGUUCAUGGUGUAGUGAAGGGGUUACGGCUGUAGGAAAUGCCAACAUGUCAUGGCUCUUUGUGCUUUUAAAGAUUAAGUUUUCCAUUUCUUUUUUUUUUUUCCUUAAAUCCUUGGACGUAGUGUCUGGAUGGAUGUUGUUGGCAUCUCUGCUGAAGAAUGAACGUUCAAAAAAAUUUUCAACAUUUUAUCUGCAUCAUUUGGAAGAUGGGCAGGGUUUACAGUUGUAUGUGGAGUAUUCAUGUGAAACUGUGUGCAGAUAUAAAAUAAUAAUUGUAACAUUUUAGGCAGUCAGGUUCGGUCCAAAAGAAGUAAUGAAGUUCAGGAGAUCUGCAGUGGUGCUAUGAUGCACGACAGUGCCUUGCAGUGGGCUCAGGUAUAUCUCAAGGAUUUGCUCAAGUGUGACUAAUGUUAAAAAAUGUUGACCUGACUUUAUGAUUAUAUGAGCCAUAACCCAUUUUCUUCAAAGAAGAGCAGACUAUGACUUAUUGGCUCUUUUUUUAGCCAGCUAGUUUGAGUUCUGUAUUAUGUCCUUAUCAACAUCUCGUUAUUAACAUCAAUCAGAGUUACAUAACAGUGAUUCAAUAUCUGUGUUUAGAAAUGCUCAUUGUCAAACAAACCUUAAAUAACUUUAAUCAGUCAUGGAAGAACUUGUGGUAAAUUUUGCGAUGGGGUUUAAUCAAUGUUAGAUCAUCGUGUGUCGUAAUCAUUUUUAUUCCAUUUCAUGUGUACAGAAUAAGUAAUGCAUAUUAAUUUAGUAAAGGUAGUUGAGAAAAUGUAUUUUAAAUUUAAACUUUUUUUCAUCUUGAUUUAAUUUCAUGCAUCAUCACUGUGGCAUUCUCAGAUCUUAACUGUUUGCAUGGAAGUGCAUGCAUAUGAUUGUGUGAAUUUUUUACACAUAUGUGCUGAAGAGGUGCCUGUUUUAUGUGCAUACUUUAUGUACAUACAUUUACUUUGAGCUUCUUAUGAAGCCCCAAGGUGCUAUUCUUACUUGGUGAAUGACACUAAUAAUCCCAGCCACAUCAAAUUUAAAUUGGGGUAUAAUUAUACACUUUUAUGAUUAACACUAAUUUUUUAAAUAGUUUAUUGUGUCACCCCAGACUCAGAAUUGAAACUUAAAUAACUGUUAAAUUAUCAUUAGCGUCAGGUGACUUUUUAUUUUUCAGUAUAAGGAGUUGAAUAAGCAAGAGGAAUAAUGAAUUUUAAUAAGGCGCAGAGUUGUGAUAUUUGUACAUUUUGUUUCUAAGCUGUAGUUCAUUUAGUUAUUACAGUUAAUGAUGCAUUAUCGACUAAAGACUCCCAUAUGUGCCUUUUCAUUAUCAUAUUUUGUGUGACAAUAUUUUGACAUGCCUGUUAUUUUAUUAUAUUUUUAAGAGCUACAUGUAUCUAUAUACUAAAUGCUAAUUUGUCUGUGGUAAGAAAAUAUGCAAAUGUGGAAACGUGGUCCUGAAUGGUUUUAUCUCGUAGGAUUAAGCUGUCUUUUAAGAUGACAAGCAGACUCUAUGGUACACACGCCCAAUUAAUAGGCAUUUAGUAAUAAAAACAGUCUGAUUAUUGUGCAGCUUUGGUCCACUAGCUUUCAUUGUAUUGCUUUUACUACCAUCAAUUUAAUAUAUUGAUUAAACUGACUAUUCCACAUUGAUCACUAAAGCUGCUUUGAUAUUAUAUAUCAUACUCCAUACUACAACUGCAAAAAAUCAGUGAUGAGUGCAUCAUUUUGCCUCAUGGCAAUGCUAUCUGUUUUGUUUUACUGACCAAAGUACAUGUUCAUGUGGUGUGAUAUAUAUGUGGUUUCUUUGCUUUGACUUCUCUUUGUUAAGUACAAUAAGAUCAAAAUGAUGUUUUUACAUGACUUACUGAGCACAUGGGUAUUUUCCACCAACUAAAGGAGCUGUUACGAUGGAGGUUCUCAUGAGCUUACAUUUUACUUUUUUUAAAAAUAUUUUUUAAAAUGGUGAUCUUACUAUAUUUAUGUCAAGACCAGUGCAUGUAUCUUUUGUAUUUCCAUAUGAAUAAUAAAAAAUAUAUAUGUUUUUCUUUUCA